AUGUGCAUGCUGGGGGCGGCGGGCAGCUACGCAUACUUCAGCUGGCUGUGUGCUGACGUGGACGCGGUCAAGGGGACCGACCCCGUGCCCAUCUGGGAGGCGAAUAAGAUCGAGAACCCGCUGCUGCGCAGAGCCGCGAAGCUCGCCGCGGCGUACAGAGCGAGCCUGCGGCCGCGCCUGCUCGUGCCCGUCGGCCUCGCGGCGGCGGUGGGGCUGUUCAACGCACUUGCGGAGGAGCCCAUCCCCCUGCUCUACACGGGCUGCAUGCUGGGCGGCUUCCUGAGCUAUAAGGGGGCGCUGCUGACCAAGCUGCUGGGGGAACUGCUGCCAAAGUCCUACAGCGCCGCGGGCGAAUCGCGCCCCAAGGUGGAGUCCAUAGAGGACGAACUGGACCAGUGGGGCCGCCCUAAAAAGGCGGCGCGCACGCCGAUCGACGUGCUGCCGGCCGACCAACAGGAUAAGGCGCGGCAGGAGCUGGGCAAGCGGUUCGACGGGGAGGGGGAGGCGCAGAGGUCGCUGCAGGAGCGUUAA